UUACAUGCGGAGGAAACUCUACGCUAGCGAGCUGCUAGCCAAAAUAAACGCUACGUUUUUCACUUAGUUGGCGUAAUAAGUCGUCAGCCAUGGGGAAGUCGUUCGCAAAUUUCAUGUGCAAGAAGGAUUUUCACCCUGCGUCGAAGUCAAAUAUUAAAAAGGUAUGGAUCGCAGAACAGAAACUGACCUUCGAGAAGAAGAAGCAAGAAGAACUAAUGCAGGCGUACAUGAAAGAGCAGGACUCUUACAACAACAGGUUGUUGAUGGGGGAUGAUCGUGUUAAAAAUGGCCUCAAUUUCAUGUAUGAGGCUCCGCCUGGAGCAUCCAAAGAGGAAACAAAAGAGGAGGGGGAAGAGGAGUACAAAUUUGAGUGGCAGAAGGUGGCUCCUCGAGAAAAAUAUGCAAAGGAUGACAUGAAUAUUAGAGAUCAGCCAUUUGGAAUCCAGGUGCGCAACGUGCGAUGCAUCAAAUGUCACAAAUGGGGCCACGUAAACACAGACAGAGAGUGUCCUCUCUAUGGGCUGUCAGGUAUCAAUGCCAGCUCUGUGGCCUCAGAGGAGACAGCAGGUCCGUCGAUGCACCCCUCGGAGUUAAUGGCGGAGAUGCGAAACAGUGGGUUUGCCCUGAAAAAAUGUGUCCUUGGUAGGAAUGCUACUGUUUGUGAUCCAUCGCAGGAAUUUGUUGCCAGUGAUAAAGAGGAAGAUCCCGAGGUUGAAUUUCUGAAAUCAUUAACAACCAAGCAAAAACAGAAGCUCCUCAGAAAACUUGAUCGCCUGGAGAAGCAGAAGGCCAAGAAAAAGAAGAGCAAAAAACAAAAGAAGAAAAGCAAAAGAAAACACAAGAAAAAGCAUGAAAGUAGUGACAGCUCGAGUGACUCCUCCACUAGCAGCAGCAGCAGCAGCAGUAGUGAUAGCGAUAGUGGCUCAGAUUCAGACAGCCAUGGCAAGUUCAAGAGCCAAAAGCGAAAGAAGAACAAGAAAAAAGAUUCCUGUCGGGAUAACAGCUCUAAGAGCGAGCGCAGAGUCAAGAGUCAGAAAAAGGCCUCCUCUCAUAGAAGCAGGUCACCGAGCCCUCACACUGGACAGAAGCGGCCUGAAGAGGAGUCCGGAGAUUAUAGACAAACAAGGACAGAGAGGGGAAGGAGCAGGAGUCGAAAUCACAGCCCGGAGAACAAGAUCAAGCUGGAGGGAGGUCAAGAGAGAAAGAGACACAACAGCAGGGACAGGCAGAGACCUAGCAGCUCCAAGUCUGGCUUGGACAGAAGUAGGAGCCGCGAGAGAGGCAGGGAGGACAGAGGUAAAGACGGGCGUCACAGUAGAGAUGGGGAGAGGAACAGAAGUAGCACAGAUGGAAGGAGAGGCAGAACAGCAGAUGGGAGGAGUAGAAGCAGAGAAAGGAGGAAAGAAAGGGAGGGCAGGGGAAGAAGUAGGAGUAGGGAGAGAAGAGAGAGGAGCCAAGAUAGAGCAAAAAGAAAGCACUGACUGUUUUCUUUUCCCUUUUACAAUAUUGGAUAAAACCUGUUGUAUGUUUACUUUUUUGUUUUUGCAAUGGCUGUUUAAUAGUAUUCUCGGUUAUCAUCCCUCUAUUUAAAAAUGUAGAUACUGUGCCGUAGUUGUCCUUUUUCUCCAGUAGAGGGAAGUAGUGGACAGAAGAUAUCUAGCAGUAGCUCAUUGCACGCAUGUGUUGUCUAGCUCUGUCUGAAAGGCUCGAAAUUAAUUGAUUACUAUUGGAAGCAAUUUGUAGCAAUGAUCUGCUGAUAACAAAAUAUUGGACUCAUUAAUAGGCAAUUGGCCGCUAGAAUUUCUGCAAUUUUUUUCUUGCUUUCAUUAUUGUGUCUUUUUAGGAAACAUUGUAAGAUGUAGUGCUGAAGCAGAUGUUGAUUUAAAAAAAUAGACCUAUAAGCGUUUUAAAUUUCUGAUUUAGAUUUUUAAUCAUCUCAAUUUAAUGCGUUUGUUUUGCGAUGGAUGAGGUGAAUGUCCGCGUUAAAAAUCGGAUGAAAAUGAGGAUUUGUCUGUUGAUUCAUUACCGUUUGUAUAUUUCAACUAAAUACUAAAUGGUCUUAAAGCUCUUGGCACAUACAGAAAAUUAUGACUAUUACUUUUUAAAUUAAUUAUAAUGUUUCUUAAUAUUUCAGGCCGGUUUCCUUUAAAGACAUGACACAACGUGUUAUUACGAAAGCUGUGAAAUGCGUCCAACUGGGUUUUCUGCGGGCGUGAAAAGACAAAACAAAUAUGAUUUCUGACCAGAUAUAUUCAACGUGUAAAUACAACCACAUUUUAAACGAAACAAAA